UGUCCAACGCCGCUGGUGGGAAGUUUGAACCCACGAUACCAUUGUUCCGGGCUCCACAGCUGUCAGAAAUGUGGGCUAAAGCCCCGCUGAGGGUUUACCUUGGGGCCCAUUUGGUACACGCUAAUCUCGGUGCAGUAUAACACGCAGCGUUAGCUUUCCCUGCCGAGGCUCUUGGAACCUUUUGUUUGAUUUCGCUUUGGCCAGAGUUCGGGGCCAUCAGCGAUCCCUGUAGUUUCCCAUGUCCCGAUACCAGAAUGGACACGCUGGCUUUGGCUCGGCUUUUGUGCGAAGCUGUGGAGAAUGAAGACGCAAAGGAGGUUGAAAAUCUAUUAAAAAAUGGGGCAGACCCAAACCUUGUUUUGCCCACUGGUAUUGCAGCCAUCCACCUGGCUGCUGGGAAAGAGAAUGAGAGUGCCCUAAGGUGUCUAACGCUAAUCCUGCAGGAAGGAGGGGAUCCCAAUGUGAGAUCCAUGGAACUGUUGACUCCUGUACAUGUUGCUGCAUCCUGGGGCUGUCAUAAGGCACUGGUAUUCUUGUUGAGGAAAGGUGGUAACCCCACUCUUGAAGAUCAGGAAGGGAAUACUGCAUCAGAUUUGGCGUUAAUGGAGGGGAAUCGGAGAUGUGUUGUGGCUCUGCAGGAGUAUGACAGGAGUGUGGAAAUCCCAUGGAUGGAAGAAAACCGCGGUUAUGGAAACUAUGAUGAUAUAACACAAAUUAGCAGCAUUUCUCUCCUUCUUGAGUCUACAGAUGACAACUCUCCAUACAGUAGCACCAAAAUAUAUCCUUUUUCUCCUAUGUGCAAGAAAGAAAAUAUAACACAGGGCAUGAAUAAUGCAGUGGUGACAAGCCAACUGGAUCCUCCAGGCAGGGAUGGUAAAAUCAACUCACAGGGGGAACGAAGUGUUGACUUGAAGAUCAAGACACACCAGAAAAAUGAGGGAUCAUCAGAACACCUAAGUGUUAGCUUGCAAACCAUCCACAAUGAUUUCUGUGAAGAUAAUCUAACUGACUUUGGAGUACUGUGCAGCACCAAGCUUUCACAAACCAGCCACUGCAUUGCAGAUGCCUCUGAUAAUCUAUAUAUUGAUCUCAUAGAUACAGGUGUUUUACCCCAAGAAGAACAAAAAGAAAACAAUAACCUGUCAAAUAAUUCUCAAACCUUGAUGUGCAAUGCGAGUAAUCUGUCACAAAAUGUUAAUAUCACCCAAAAUCAAAUGGAAAAGGACAUUUGUAGCAAUAGUACUAAUACAUCUGCAAAAAGAUUUUUAAAAUCUAUUGGAGAGCUUAUUCUGGACUUUUCCACCAGCAGUCGACUAAUAGACUCCAAUUCCCGUUCAAGACAAAUAAAAGGUUUAGAUGUAACGUCACCAGACCAUGUCUAUAUCUUCAGCAAAAGCAAAACCACCUAUGAUGAUAGCUUGGAGAAGACUUUUAUUCUUGAUAGCAGUAAUGGUGUUAAUGCAGAAGAAAAGGAUCAAAGUUCCAGCAGCAAUUACAACAGUUGUGAGAGUGAGUGUUUUGCUAGUCUUGGAGAAAGUCCUUCCUCAUCUGAAAAGAAAAAGAGGUCAAAACGGGACUCUGGAUGCUGCAUCAGUCCAAAAAAUAGCACAAAUGUUUACAAUCUAAAAAAUGGUGAGGAAAAGGCAGAUAUUAAGAUGUCAGUAUUUGAAACUGAUGAUACUGAUUCUCUAGGGCAACAUCAGAAUCCUGUGCACAACAGUCAAUGUCCUGGAGAGAGAGACUCACAACUUCCAUGCAAAUCUCAGUCUGCAACACUGUGUGUAGGUUAUGCUGGUGAACAUACUAAUUUAAAUGUUAAAAGUUCAAAAGGCCAGUCAAGGAAUCAUAUGUUUUGCAACAAGGACUUUCUUGCAAACAACAAAAGCCAAAUCUGUUUGCAUGAUUCAAACGCGCUUAAAGAUAAUAAUCAGAUAAAACUGACUAGGGAAGAACAACACCAUGUACUGGGUAGGCAACAUAACGAUAUCAUAGUUUUGACCGUGCAACAAGACGGAACAUCUAAUUUGAUGGCUAAACCAGACAUACUCACAAUAGAAGGAGCUGCACAUGAUUUGCAUGAUACAAGUAAUGUUAAUGUAGACCAUGUAUUUAAUAACCAGUUAAACGAUAUGAUGAUUUUGACCAAGCAGCAAAUCAGUCCCAGUAAUUUUACAUCCACAUGUGGAACCCAAAUCCAGAUUUAUGAUUCAGACACUCUUCCAAUUGCUAGUCAGAUACAUCUGAAUGGGAAAGAAAACAAGGUACUGGAUGGGCAAUUAAAAGAUAUGUUGUUUUUGACGAAGCAACAAGUUAUUUCCUCUAAUUUCAUUGCUACAUCUGACACACUUUCAGUAGAACCAGGUACAGAAGAUGUGCAUGAUAAUGCUGAUCCAGAACAGGAAAUUAUUAAGCAGCUGAAAGAUAUGAUGUUUUUAACCAAGCAACAAGUCAGUCACUGUAAUUUUACACCCAUCCCUGAAACACAAACUGAGGGAUAUGAUUCGGACACUCUUCCAGUUACCAAUCAGACAAGUCUAACUGGGGAAAAAGCCAAGGUACUGGAUGGGCAAUUGAAACAUAUGAUGUUUUUGACCAAGCAACAAGUCAGCCCCUCUAAUUUCUUGGCUACAUCUGACACAUUUGUAGUGGAGUCAACUGCAGAAGAUGUGCAAGAUAAUAGUAAUGCCGAUCUAAACACAGAGCUGAGGAAAAUAAUGAUGUUAACUAAGACUUCCCAGUCUCAUCCAGAUCAGGAAAAAAGCUUUUGCCAUUUCACUCCUCGUACAAAAAGCCGUCUUCUUUCUUCCAGUUCUCGCUCUAGCAGUUCACUUUUUGAUGAGACAGUGGAAAUGCCCCAGCGAGGAAGAAGAAUCCGAAGCCCAGAUGCUCAAAAGUCUCCGUAUGGGUCAGCCAUGAGUGGCUCCAGGAGAGGUUUGUUUCAUUGUAGCUUGGCAUGUGACCAAGCAGAAAAUUCAGCUUCAUGUGCUGAUAGACAGAAAAUACAACAGGCAGCUGCUGUAAGAAAUGUAAAUAUUAGCAACUUUCUAACUGAUGACCUGACCUCUUCAGAUACAGAAGGAUCAAAGUCAGAUACACGUUGCCACCAAAAAUGUGAAAGCCAUGGAGCAGAUAGUGUGGUGUCUGCAACCACAUGGCUUACAGAGGAUGGAGAAGAUGAAAGUUGUGGUGAUACUGUCCAUGUAGAUAAUAUGCAGCAGAGCACUAGGUUGAAUGACUUAGUAGCAAAAGAUAUACCUACAAGAAAGGUGUCACGUUACAGCUUCAGUAGACUAUCUUGUGUUCUGAAAUCAGAUGAUGGGGCACCAAACUCUUGCCAGCUUAAUACAGUUAAUGAGUCUUCUGUCCAAGAUGUACCUCUAUCUCCUGGUGGCCGGCCUUUGAAUGAGAGUACGGCUGAACCUGUGGAAUAUCUUUAUAUGGAUUGUGAAAGGGGCCAUUCUCUUAUAGAAAGACAUGUUCCUUGUACAGAUGAGUCUGCUACUGAAAUCAGUGAGAAUUCUGAUGAUACAAUUAUUUAUGACUGGAGGGAGUAUAAGAACAACAAGCAAAAUGUUAUCCAGGGACAAAUAGCACCUUCUAAUAAAGUGUCUGUUGAAUUGUACAGACUGUCUAAUAAUGAUAUUGCAAGCAGGCUAAAUGAGCUGGGAGAGGAAACAGGACCUGUAACCAGCCAAACCAGAAAAAUGUACAUUGCUCUACUAGAUAAGCGUCUGAAAGAAUCAUCGGUUAGAGGAUCCACUGGAAUUUCAGGAUUCAGCCGAGAACUUUCCCUAGCUCUCCGCAGUUUUCAGAUACCUGACAGUAGCACAGAUGAAUCUACACUAUCUAAAGAAUUUGACAAGCCGGAUAAGAGCCAAAAGUGGAGAGAGGGGGUUCUAAAAUCCAGUUUUAAUUACUUGCUGCUAGACCCCAGAGUCACUCGGAAUCUGCCUGCACGCUGUCGUACUCUUUCGAAGCCUGACUGCUUUCGGACAUUCAUCAGCUCUAUCUUUUAUGUGGGCAAAGGAAAAAGAUCGCGUCCAUACUUCCACCUCUAUGAGGCCUUAACCCACUACAAAAGCAAGAACAAAAAGCCUUGUCCCAAGGUGCAGCACAUUCUGGACAUUUGGAAUAGUGGCCAUGGGGUGAUUUCUCUACACUGUUUCCAGAACACCAUUCCCGUGGAAGCGUAUACACGAGAAGCAUGCAUGGUGGAUACAAUUGGUUUGAAGAUGUUAACCAAUCAAAAGAAGGGUGUUUACUAUGGCCAGUUGCAGAGUUGGAGCCCCAGUCGCCGUCAGCUGCUUGGUGUACACAUGUUGCACAGAGCAAUGCAGAUCUUCUUGGCUGAGGGAGAACGUCAGCUUCGACCCCCAGACAUACGCUCAGGUUCAUGACAACAUCACGCAAUCUCAUCAGUAACAAAAACUACAUAAAUCCGAUCAGCAUGUUUGCCCAGAAAAUACUUGCUGCGCAGGCACCUCCCAGCUUUGACUUUGAUUCAAAAAGAUCACAUUUCUGUAAUAUCUAUGAAAGGGCCCACUUUGUAAAAAAUAAGCACUUUUGAAGCAAUAAGUAGAACCACAAUAUAACAAUGACGCCUAAUAUCCCUUCUUUACAAUAAUUUGUACUCCUGUUGCUUUUUUCACAAGGAGAAGAAAGGGUCUUAGGCACCCCAAUGAGCUUAGUACUGCUUUCGUUUGCUGAAAAUUACACCAGUUAGAGAUACUAUUGUAGGAGCAACACCUCACAAUCCUCUUCUACUUCUUUGAUCUUCUGAACCCCCAGGUCAGAUGCACAAACGCAGUAGAGUGAAAAGACAGCUUUUUGCUUCCGUUUUCAGCUUCUAGAUUAACCGUACUGCGUGUUUGCACCACGACUGGAACGUAGUGAAGAUUUUGAACGAUAAAGAUAACUGUGGUGCAAAGCUCUUAAACUAGUACCACAGGGCAGCACAGUUGAUAGCAGGAGCACUGUCCCACGGUCUUCAGUAACCAAUUUAAAUCACUGGUGGGGGGGUGUCUAACAAACAACCCGCCAUUUAUACCUUUCCGUUUCCUUUCUAAGAUCUGUAAAUCAGCAAGGAAAAUAACUGAUUUUCUAACACUCAAUUUUAUACUUGGAAUUGUAGAAUAUUGUAUAUAAAGAAUUCUAGAAUAUUUCCAAUCCUUUAGAGGUGGUUUUUGAAGUGUAGUUUUGUCCUGAAAAAUUUCAGUUGCAUAGUAUUAACUUUUAUAAAUGAAUUGGCAUUUAUGACAACUAGGUAUGAAUUGAGGAAUUCAGUGCAAAUAUAAUAAAUGUAAAAUCAAUUUUUAAUACGUUUGGAAAGUCCAAAUGUUUCUUAGGUAGGGAGUACCUACAGCUAAUUUGAAAAUACCUUCUUUCUUAAUAAAUGACAACAGUAAAAUUAAUACAAAAUGAAUUAUUAUAAAUUAUUUAUUGCCGAAUGUUAAAAAAAAAGCCAAAUGCAAACUGAGGUCAGCAUAUUCAUGAAAUAGAUGAUGCAGUUUUUCCACUGUUGAAACCAAGUGAAUUCAGUCCAGUGGCAUAACCAUCUAUUUGCCAAGUUUGCCAGUAACCCAACUUCUAUCUGUAUCUCUCAACAUUUUUCAUCCAUAGAUUUUUUUUUAUACCUACUGUUUUGUAUGUUUUUUUCUUUGUCUAUUUUUGUUUGUUUUAUAAUAAAGCUCUUAGUCUCAACA